AUGGCCCGAUUGUCUCUAUUCCCUAUCACAUCGGUCUUCAAGGCCUUCUUACUCGCUUGCAUCAUUCUCAAACACGUUGCCCUCGGCGUUGCAAGAUCUUCACUUCGACAUGCGUACAUAGCUGUGCUUUUCCCAUUGGUUCUCUUACAAAUUAUUAUCCUUGAGGGUUGA